CAUGAAAAACUUGAUGAAAAAACAUUUCGUUGGAUGUUAAAUGAAGAUGAAAUGGCUAAUGAUAAAUUAGCUGAUGGAAUACGAAAAUUUGCUGCUGAUGCUCAAAAACUUGAAGAUCUUAUUCGAGUUCGUCUUCAAAAUAAUAAAUAA